CCUCCCCUCCAGUCUUGCACAGAAGUACCGGCUCCUCCCCUUCAGCCUUGCACAGGUGUACUGGCUCCUCCCCUUCAGUCUUGCGCAGGUGUCCCGGAUCCUCCCUUUCAGUCUUGCACAGGUGUACCGGCUCCUCCCCUUCAGUCUUGCACAGGUGUACCGGCUCCUCCCCUUCAGUCUUGCACAGGUUGUACCGGCUCCUCCCCUUCAGUCUUGCACAGGUGUACCGGCUCCUCCCCUUCAGUCUUGCACAGGUGUACCGGCUCCUCCCCUUCAGUCUUGCACAGGUGUACCGGCUCCUCCCCUUCAGUCUUGCACAGGUGUACCGGCUCCUCCUCUCAGUCUUGCACAGGUGUACCGGCUCCUCCUCUCAGUCUUGCACAGGUGUAUCAGCUCCUCCCCUCCAGUCUUUCACAGGUGUACCGGCUCCUCCCCUCCAUUCUUUCACAGAUGUAUCAGCUCCUCCCUCCAAUCUUGCAUAUUUGUACUUGCUCCCCUCCUUCAUUUCCUGACUGGAGGGACGCCCAGCAUCAUCUAGCACUUUCGUCCCCAUACUGACCAUCUCUGUCCCCGCCCCUUUCAUUCAUUGGAUUUCAAUUCUUUCAAUCAUGGAGGCUCGGCAUCACAUGUGAGCGUUUAUCAUCCACAUACAGCCUGACUAGCAAUCACCCGCUUCUCCAGACUGAUGCCCAUCCAUUUUUAUAUUUGCAUAGAUCCUCCCAAGAGUCCGCCCAUGGCUUGCAUCAGGACUGAGGGCUCCUGGGAGGAGUACUGACGUGGCGCACCCAC